GCGGCGGCAGUUUGGGCUACCGCUGGGCUUCGCCGCUGCGUCCGACUCGGCCCCUGCGCGAGGGCUGACUCACACUUCGCGCUGCUGCUUUGCAUUCGCCCGACGCCUCGCGGACGCACGCCGCCGUGCUGUCAGUGCGCGCGAACGCCGGCAGUCUGCUUGACGGCCAGCUUCCCGCGUCAGCCUGCCGCUCGGAUCGUCGGCCUGACUGCAGUCGACUGGUGCCCCACCGGCCCGAGACCCCUUCACGACCACGCAGGCCGGUCUUCCUAACAGGCAUGCGGCGUCCCGGGAGGCCGGCCGGACGAUGCCCGCCAUGAGCCCUGCGGCGGCCAGUCGCCACCCGCUUCCUCUUCUGCUUACCGAGGAAUGCGAUUAAGACCGGAACUGGCCACCGGCACAGUGAGCCCGCGGCACUGCGUGCGCAACAGCCCGACGGGUUCCGGCGGCGGGCCGGGCCUGGUGGCGCAGGCGCCGGCGCACGGCCCCGCCCACGGGCCAGGACACGGGCCUCCCGGGCCGGGGGGACCUCCACACGGACCCCCACACGGGCCCCCGCACGGGCCGGCGCACAGCCCCGCGCAUGGGCCCCCUCCGCCGCCGCCCCCACACGGACCCCCUCCUCCUCCGCCGCACGGGCCCCCUCCGCCACACGGGGGGCCGGGCGGCAUGGAACCCGACGGCAGCUGGAAGGGGCCUGCGCCCCCGCCCCACCACCACCCGGCGCUCAUGGGCCACGGGCCCGGGGCCAUGCACCACGGGCCGCCCCCGCACCAUGGUCCCCCUCCGCCACAUCCGGGAGGGCCCCCGCACCCCAUGGCGGGACCUCCGCCGCACACCAUGCCCGAUGGACGACCCCUCGACCCCGGAAGACACACGCCGUACUUUGGCCAGCCGGACUACAGAAUCUACGAGAUGAACAAGCGGUUGCAACAAAGGACGGAAGAGAGCGACAACUUGUGGUGGGACGCAUUUGCAACAGAGUUCUUCGAGGACGAUGCCACCUUGACGCUCACAUUCUGCUUGGAGGAUGGGCCAAAGCGUUACACCAUUGGACGGACCCUGAUCCCACGCUACUUCCGGAGCAUAUUCGAAGGAGGCGUCACGGAUCUUUACUUCAACCUGAAACACCCCAAAGAGUCAUUUCACAACACCACUAUCACACUGGACUGUGACCAGUGCACCAUGGUAACACACCAUGGGAAAUCUCCUUAUAGCAAGGGGCUUGGUGGGCAGUACCCAACAGAUCCCCUAAAGGAGCAACUUGCCAAAGACAAUGCUGUCAUUGUUUGCACAGAGGGCCGCCUCAUCCUUGAAUUCACUUUUGAUGAUCUGAUGCGCAUCAAGUCUUGGCACUUUGCAACACGCACACAUAGAGAGCUGGUUCCGCGAAGUCUAAUUGCCAUCCAGGCUCAACAGCAAGACCCAGGCAUGUUAGAACAACUGUCCAAAAACAUCACAAGACAAGGCCUGACAAAUUCCACGCUGAAUUAUUUGAGGCUUUGCGUCAUCCUGGAGCCAAUGCAGGAGCUGAUGUCACGGCACAAGGCCUAUGCACUAAGUCCCCGAGACUGCCUCAAGACAACACUGUUUCAGAAGUGGCAACGAAUGGUUGCGCCACCAGGUGUCGCACACCGCGGAGCACCUAAUGACCUAAAAUCAGCUCAAGAUAUAGAAACCCAACGGCCUCCAAGCAAACGCCGGAAGAGGAAAUCAUCUGCAGCCAAUAACGCCGGUGGUGCAGGCAAUGCUGGUUCUGGUGGCAAGAAAAAGAAUAUGUCGCCUGGACCUCCAAACUUUUCGCUUGCAUCACAGGUGAGCGGUGCAAUAGAAAUGGGGAGAAACCUUGUAGCUUAG